GGCCGAGCCAUGUAUAAGACGCAGGGGCCCCAGGCUGACAGCUGCUGUGAGAGCAGGCUUCAAACUUCUCUUCUUCUUUUUCUUCUUCUCCGCCGCAGCCUGAAUACUUAUUCCCAUCGCCUGGAAGUGGAAGUUUGUUUCUGCUUAGGCGGAUCUGUGUUCUGCUCUGGGUUGGACUCACUCAUGGAGCUGUCGGAUAUUUCCUUCCCCAUCCCCGCCGCUGAUGAUUUCUAUGAUGACCCCUGCUUUAACACCAGUGACAUGCACUUCUUCGAGGACCUGGACCCGCGGCUGGUACAUGUGGUCCCGAUGAAACCCGAGGACUCCUCCUCCCCCUCCUCCUCCCUAUCAUCAUCCUCCCUCUCACCGUCCUCCCACCUGCAUCACCACCUCCAGCACCCAGAGGCAGAGGACGACGAGCACGUCCGCGCCCCCAGCGGGCACCACCAGGCGGGCCGCUGCCUGCUAUGGGCCUGCAAAGCUUGCAAGCGGAAGACCACCAACGCGGACAGGCGGAAGGCGGCGACGAUGCGUGAGCGCCGGCGGCUCAGCAAAGUUAACGACGCAUUCGAGACUCUGAAGCGUUGCACGUCGGCCAACCCCAACCAGAGGCUGCCCAAGGUGGAGAUCCUGCGCAACGCCAUCAGCUACAUCGAAUCCCUGCAGGCGCUGCUGCGCGGCGGCCAGGAGGACGGCUUUUACCCGGUGCUGGAGCAUUACAGCGGGGACUCAGACGCGUCCAGUCCCCGCUCCAACUGCUCCGAUGGGAUGAUGGAUUUUAACGGGCCGAGCAGGACAAGAAGCUUUGACAGCAGCUCCUUUUUCUCUGAGACGCCAAACGCUGGUCCAAAGAGGGAGCGGAGUCCCGUGGUCUCUAGUCUGGACUGCCUUUCCAGCAUCGUGGAGCGGAUCUCCACGGACGGCAGCACCCCGCACCCCGUAGCUGAGGGCCCCGGCUCCCCAGUCACCUCAGCCCCACUCAGCGAGGCAGGAAAGGCCCCAGCGCCCGUUCAAAUCCCCACCCCCACCGACAAGCAGGACCCAAACCUCAUCUACCAAGUUCUAUAGAGCCUACAAGCCCAGUUGGGAGAUUACCACGCUGCCUUAUUGUAGUCAUUACACAGACACUGUAACAAUAAGGCACCAUUUACAGCAGUUGUUCUGGGUUAGGAGGGUCCUCACCAGCUGUUAGGAACUGCAGUUUUUACAACGAAGCCUGAUGCACAUCUUUCUAUAUCACGCCAAAGCUCAUUCCAGCCCGGAAGAAAAACAUAUCCAGUUGUGCCUUCCAAAGAUUUCAUCAGUUUUUUUUAAAUUAAUUUUAAAAUUAAUUUAAAAAAUAAUAAGAUGUGGGUUUUAUAUUUCUGCAGUCUU